CACUUCAACUAAACCCACAAAAAAAAAAAAAAACAUUCACAAAUAAAUUAACUUGACCAUAUUGUAACCAUUUCCGCGUUUGCUCUCCCCAGAAGAAUCCUCGCGGGACAAACAGUACAGGACCUCUAGGGAUUCGCUACUGCUGUCAUGGCUUCAACUUCCUCCACACCCCUAUCAAUCUCCUCAUCAUCAAGCCUCAUUGAUGCCAAGGCUUCUCGCCAAUCAGCAGUUGCAUCACCACAGUGUGUGAGCCUCCCUACACUCCCCCCUCCUGUCCAGCCCCAAAACCGCCCCUGGAAAGCCACUGCUUACUGUCGAAAGAUAGCUCGCAAUGUUAUGACUAUGGCCACAGGAGAGGCUCCAGCAGAAGUUGCUUCAACUGAGCUUCCAGAGAUUGUCAAGGCAGUUCAAGAGGCUUGGGAUAAAGUUGAAGACAAGUAUGCAGUGAGUUCACUUGUGAUAGCUGGUGGAGUUGCCCUCUGGGGUUCGACUGGGUUGAUCUCGGCAAUCGACAGGCUUCCUUUGAUUCCUGGGGUUCUUGAGCUUGUUGGAAUUGGGUACAGUGGAUGGUUUGCAUACAAGAACCUGGUUUUCAAACCUGACAGGGAAGCUUUAAUCGCGAAAAUAAAAGACACAUACAAGGAAGUAAUCGGCAGCAGCUAAAGAAAGCCAAUUGAAAGACUGCCGCAAUGAGGUGAACUUUCUGUUUUCACUAAAAAAGAAAAACCGUGCAGCAUUGUGCAUGAACAUGUUGCCUCGCUUCAUUUUCUUUACGAAGUUUCUAACCAGAGUAAAUCCGUGUAAUGUACCCUUUAUCUUAAAGAUACAUGUAAUUAAAUAUUUUGCU